CGGACCCCAUGGCCCCGCUGCGCCGGAGCCAGGCACUUCCUGAGCUCGGCGCCCCUCCCCCCCGGGAGGUGAUCAUCCCCUGGGCUGAUCUCAUCCCCCCUUGGACAUGUCCCGCACCCCUAUACAGAUGGUGCUGCAGGGGGUCCAUUGCUGAUGCCAGGCGAUCCCCAGGGAGAUACGGCUGUGCUCCGGCUCAGAGACAGGCCAUGGCUGCCCAGGUGGCUCCCCUAGCUGCUCUCAGGCUCCAGUUCCAGUCCCCACCAGGAUGUGGCCUGGUUCCCAAAGAGGAAGUGGAGGAGCCAGAUGCCCAUAGACCCGUCGACAUGGAGAUGCAUCGUCUGCGCUUCAGGAGGUUCUGUUACCAGGAGGCUGAGGGGCCCCGGGAGGCAUAUGGCCACCUCUGCCUCCUCUCCCGGGCAUGGCUGAGGCCGGAGCAGCGCUCCAAGGAGCAGAUGCUAGAUCUGUUGGUGCUGGAGCAGUUCCUGAGCAUCCUGCCCCAGGAGAUCCAGAGCUGGGUGGGGGAGUGUCACCCCCAGACUGGGGAGCAGGCCAUGGCGCUGGCAGAGGGUUUCCAGUUAGCCAAGCAAAAGCCCAGAAUAUGGCCACAGCAGGAGGAGCCAGUGACGUGGGAGAAGGAGGCUGCGUGUUCCUCCGGGGCAGAGCGGGCAGCGCUGUCCUCAGAACAUGGCAAGAUCUGCAGGGAGAUUAAGGAGGAGGAGGAAGAGACUCUGAUCUCGCCGGCAGGUGCCAGCGCAGAGGAGGGGAAUCCCCAGCAGGAGGGGUCUGUGGAAGCAAAGACACAUGGGACGUCCCGGAGCGCCAAGCAGGGAGAUGCUGGUGGGGCGGGACAGCAGCAGGGAGACCCCCUGGGUAAUGGACUGAGCUCAUCCAGUGAGCAUGAAAUGAGUUUCUCUGGCCUCAAGACUCCAAUGGAGAGGAGACUCGAUCGGUCUGACUGUGCGGGCGAGAACCAAGGUGGGGCGUGCCGGCCACGGGGGGACCCUCCGGCUAAGACCCCCAAGGCCAGGCGCCCCAACGCCUGUGCCGUGUGCGGCAAGACCUUCAGCAACAGCUCCAACCUGAAGAAGCACCAGACCACCCACACCGGGGAGAAGCCCCACGGGUGCCCCCAGUGCGGCAAGCGCUUCAGCCACAGCUCCAACCUGCGCAAGCACGAGCGCACCCACACCGGCGAGCGCCCCUUCCGCUGCCCCGAGUGCGGCAAGAGCUUCCGCGAGAGCUCCAAGCUGCUCCGCCACCAGAACACCCACGGCCGCGAGCGCCCCUUCCGCUGCGCCGAGUGCGGCAAGGCCUUCGCCGACGUGGCCCGGUGUCUGCGGCACCAGGCCCGGCACACGGCGCGGGCCUACACCUGCGGGGAGUGCGGCAAGAGCUUCCGCCAGAGCUCCACCCUGCUGCUGCACCAGCGCGUCCACACCGGAGAGAAGCCCUUCACCUGCCCCGACUGCGGCAAGAGCUUCAGCGUCAACGCCAACCUGGCGCAGCACCGGCGCACCCACACCGGUGAGCGCCCCUUCCCCUGCACCCAGUGUGGGAAGCGCCUCACCCAGAAAGCCACCCUGGUCAAGCAUCAGCGCACCCACCUGCGCGGCGAGGGAGCCGGCGAUGCCGCAGGGCCCAGGCUGGUACAGCACCUGCGGUUCCUCCCGGAGCAGGGCCCUUCACCUGGCCAGAUGUGGGCGAUGCUGCGGCUACAGCUGCGCGCCCGCUCGCCUGCCCCAGGGCCACAGUGGAGGACUGGGGACGUACCUAUGGCUCAGGCACUAGAUCAAUGGUUUUUGAACUGCGGGUUGCGGAACGUCAGGCACAGGGUCGCGGCGACUCUGGUUAGCACCGCCAACCGGGCCAUUAAAAGUCCCAUCGAUGGUGCUGCCCGGCUCAGGGCCCAAGAUUCGAUGGCGCAGCCGGGCAGCCCAUCCCAGGAUGAGAUGGAGCAAAAUACACCCCUGACAGCAGAGAACCAGUCGCCUGCUGAGCAUCCAGAGGAUCCCGAAGCACAGCAGGAAACGGCAGGUACCGGGACGGAGGAGGAAAUUCCCCUGUGGGAAGGACCUGGAGGAGCAGAGCCGCUUGGGCCAUCCCAGAGCCCCAAGGGCUGGGAGGCUGGUGAAUUGGGCCUGCAGAGGCGGGCGAAGCGGGAUGGUGAAGUGGCCCCGCCAGGCCGCUCCUCCCGCGAGGGGCCCAUCAUCUGCGGGGACUGCGGGAAGAGCUUCGCCAAGGACUCGGAGUUCGUCAAGCACGAACGCACCCACACGGGGGAGCGACCCUACCAGUGCCCCGACUGCGGGAAGGGCUUCACCAACAGCUCCAACCUCCUGCGCCACCAGCGUAUCCACAGCGGCGCCAAGCCGUACCCAUGUGCCGAGUGCGGGAAGAGCUUCCGCCACAAGGAGCACCUAACCCGCCAUGGCCGCGUCCACGCCACGGAGAAGCCCCACGUCUGCACCCACUGCGGGGAAGCCUACAGCAGCCGCACCAACCUGCUGCGGCACCAGAGCAGCCACACAGGGGAGCUGCCCUACAAGUGCCCCGAGUGUGGCCGGCGUUUUGGGGAGGCGGCGGCGCUGGCGGGCCACGCAGUGAUCCACAGCGGGAAGCCCCACAUCUGCCCUGAGUGCGGGAAGGGCUUCCGGCGCGGCUCGUCGCUGCGAGAGCACCAGCGGGUGCACACCGGGGAGCGGCCGUACGGCUGCCCGCAGUGCGGGAAGGGCUUCAGCCAGCGCUCCUCCCUAGUGCUGCACCGGCGCACCCACACCGGCGAGCGCCCCUACGUCUGCGGCGACUGCGGGCGCAGCUUCAGCGUGAGCUCUGCCCUCAUCACCCACCAGCGGCUGCACACCGGGGAGCGCCCUUUCCCGUGCCCGGAGUGCCAGAAGCGCUUCAGUGACCGCAAGGCCCUCAAGCGGCACCAGCGGGUUCACACCGGGGAGCGGCCCUACCGCUGCAUUGACUGCGGCAAAGGCUUCAGCCAGAGCUCAGCGCUGGCCACCCACCAGCGCAUCCACACCGGGGAGACCCCGUACGGCUGCGGGGCCUGUGGCAAGCGCUUUGGAGACCUCUCAGCCCUCAAGCGGCACGAGCGCAUCCACACCGGGGAGCGGCCCUACCGCUGCGGCCAGUGCGGAAAAGCUUUCAAGCACAGCUCGGCCCUGGCCCAGCAUGGCCGUACCCACACAGGAGAGAAACCCUAUGUCUGCUCCCAGUGCGGGAAAGCCUUCUCCCAGGGCUCCACCCUCAUCCAGCACCAGCGGGUGCACACUGGCGAGCGCCCCUACCCUUGCCCCCAGUGCGGGCGAAGCUUCUCCCAGGGCUCUGCCCUCACCCAGCACCAGCGCACCCACACCAAGGAGAGCGACCCACUGACAGGGCCUGGCGGGGCCCGGAUCUACCGGGACCCUUUCAUCCAGCCGCGGGAUGAGGACGACGAGGAGGAUGAGGUGGGGGAGGUGCUGGUGCUGCCUCCUGGGACAUGGGACGCGGAGCUGGACGUGCAGAUCAAAGAGGAGCCGGAGUGAUAGAGGCGGGUGGGAGCAGGGUGUUGCUGGCUGCCAUCUGCUGAUUCAGCGUGGCUGGAUUUGGGUGUCACGGGGAGUAGUUGUCUCUGCACCAGGAAUCCCCUCUGCACUGGAGCUGGGGGCAAAGUGCACGGGAUGGGGGCGUCUCUCCUUUCACCAUCCUCCACUCAGCAGGAAUUAUUAACGCUCAUAGGCCCAGUCUGUUCCAGGAGGACUGUCCUGUCACUACCUGGAUCUCGCCCUCUCUGUGCCUUGGUCUCUGCUCCUUCCCCUCUCCCGGGGCCAGCGAGGAGUGGGGGGGCUGCUCCCCACGAGGCAAGAGAGAUGGAUGCUCCAAGGUGAAGGGCAACUCAUUUCCCAGUGCCAUUAGCCCCACCUGAGCUAGUCCCCAAGGGCUGAUGUGUAUGUCGCCAGACUCCCAGGCCUGUCUGUCGUGAUGGGUACAAGGACGUUUUUUAUCCAUUGUCUGUUUUCUACUUCUGUCUGAAAAUAAUAAACCCCCAGUACCUCCCUCA